CCAUCCAUCAUAAAUGUCAAAUGUCAACCACUUGUCAAAUGUCAAACAAUAAUAGUUCUCUGAAUUUUAGAAUUUCUCGAAUAAAGUGAGAUUUAAGUCAGUUAUAAUUAACAAAAGUGAUUAUGCCCGAGUAGUGUCAAGGAUUUAGCAAAAAUGAGUAGUCUUCGCCCUAUGAGCUCGUGUUACGAGCCUAAAAGCCCCCGCAACGUUUAUGAAAUGAACAAUGAAAGUAUGGUUUUCCAGCAAAAUGAUCUUUUCCCUCUUGCUUUUCCCUGUAUGGAAGAAAUCCGGCGUCAGGGGCGGCUUUGCGACGUUGUUUUGAAGAUUGAUGGCCAAGAUUUCAGUGCUCAUAAAAUCGUCCUUGCUGCCACCAUUCCCUAUUUCCACGCCAUGUUUAUGAACGACAUGCUUGAGUCUCGGAAUAGGGAGAUUGAAAUGAAAUGUAUUGACGCAAUGGCGCUUGAAGCACUGAUCAAUUUCGCAUACUCAGGCCGGGUCAUUUUGGAUAAAAACAACGUGCAAAGUAUCAUGAUUGGAGCAUCUUUCUUGCAAUUGAGCAAAGUCAGGGAUGCUUGUGCUAAUUAUCUACUCCAAGGCUUGCACCCCCAGAAUGCGAUUGGGGUCCGAGACUUUGCUGACAGUCUUGGGUGCCCAAGUUUGGCGGAAUCGGCUGAAAAAUACAUUGAAACGUACUUCCACGAGGUGUCGCUGCAUGAGGAGUAUCUAAAUUUGACUCUCGCGGAGGUUAAAACUUUGUUAAAUAAAAACGAAUUGAGGGUUGAAAGCGAGGAGCAGGUUUUUGAGGCUUGUAUGAGAUGGAUCAAGUAUAAGGAGUGUAGGAAGGAGUUUUUACCUGAACUUUUGGCUCUUGUGAGACUCCCUUUGCUGUCCCCGCUCUAUAUUACCGACAGAGUUGGGACUGAGGAAGCCAUUCGGUACUCUUUGCAAUGCCGAGAUUUGUUAGAUGAGGCCCGGACUUACCAUUUAAUACCUGAAAGACGUGCGUUGAUGCAAAGUUUUAAGACCGAGCCGAGGGCUUGCGAGGUCAAAGGUUUUAUUUAUGUUGUGGGGGGGUUAAAUAAGCACGGCGACUCGUUAAGCACUGUGGAGUUUUAUGACCCAAAAACAAACACAUGGCAUAUGGCGCCACCUAUGUCUAUGUUGAGGUCUAGGUUAGGAGUAGCAGUACUAAGAAGCCAAUUAUACGCUUUUGGGGGCUAUAAUGGAAAAGACAGGUUGGCUAGCGUUGAAGUCUAUGACGCUAUUAAGAAAGAAUGGUCCGCUAUAAGCCCCAUGCAGUGUAAAAGAAGUGCAUUGGGGGCUACAGCCUUAGGCGAUAUUAUUUACGUUUGUGGGGGCUACGACGGUGUCACGUCUCUCAACUCCGUCGAACGCUAUCACCCUUUCACCAAUACAUGGUGUUCUCUAGCACCCAUGAACAAAUCUCGCAGUGCAGGGGCUGUGAUUGCUUGCCAGGGCUAUAUUUACGCUCUAGGGGGCCACGAUGGACUUUCCAUUUUUGAUUCAGUGGAACGCUACGAUCCCAAUUCUAACACUUGGACUGAAGCAGCCCCCAUGUUAACCAAACGUUGUCGUUUGGGAGUAGCAAUGUUGGGUGGGAAAUUGUACGCGUGUGGGGGCUACGACGGGAGCACCUUUUUGCAAACAGUGGAAAUGUAUAAUCCCUACACUAACAAGUGGACAUAUGUGGCCCCCAUGAAUGCGCAAAGGAGUCGUGUAGCCCUAACGGCAAAUAUGGGCAAAUUGUGGGCUGUUGGAGGCUAUGACGGAAUUUCAAAUUUGGUCUCAGUGGAGGUUUAUGACCCCAAGACGGAUCAGUGGACGUAUGCGGCUCCCAUGGUCGCACAUGAAGGGGGAGUGGGACUGGGGGUUAUUUCUGUUCCUUAAUUGACUUAAUUUAUUUAUUUAUUUUAUGUUAAGAAAUAAAAAGUUGACGCCAAUA